AUCCUCCAAACAUAUCCAGCUGAACCACUGCUCUUAGAUAAAUCGUCUCGAGUGGAAGUGGCUCAUCCAACUAGCGUUCAUCACAUCAAGUACUCGAAAACACCGGGAUCACAUACUACACGAAGCGUGGACUGAUUCGAGUUCAAAAUUUUGACACCGUGAAGUGAUUUGAACUCCUGCGAUCCAAUCACAGCGAACCCCAUCAGGAUCAACGAAUCUGAACAUUCUUGACUCAGUAACUCAUUGAUUCUUGUCGAGAUUACUCCCCCCUAAUAGCAUCUGAUCUCACCUACAAUAAUUGGCUAACAUGGUAUCCGUAUACGAUGUUGGAACCCGUUGUUGGUACCCAGAUGAGGCUUUGGGUUGGAUAGGCGUUACUGUCAAGUCCAACACAGAAUCAGCCGGCAAGCACGUUUUGGAGUUUGUUUCGGAAACCGACGAAGAACAAGUGUUCACCGUGGAAACAACAGACUUAUCAGAAGAUAAUGAAAAGUUGCCUCCUUUACGAAACCCUCCUAUCUUGGAAGCAGCUGAAGAUUUGACCAGUUUAUCAUACUUGAAUGAACCUGCCGUUUUACAUGCAAUCAAAGUCCGUUAUGCUCAACUUAACAUUUAUACCUACUCGGGAAUUGUGUUGAUUGCCACCAAUCCCUUCCAAAGAGUUGACCAAUUGUAUUCGCAGGAUAUUAUUCAGGCCUAUGCUGGUAAAAGAAGAGGAGAGUUAGAUCCCCAUCUUUUCGCUAUCGCCGAAGAUGCUUACAGAUACAUGAAAUUGGACGGUAAGAACCAAACCAUUGUUGUCAGUGGUGAAUCUGGUGCUGGUAAAACCGUCAGUGCCAAGUACAUCAUGAGAUACUUUGCUUCCGUUGAAGAGGAUUCUGAAUUGGAACAAAACAUCGGCACUGAGCACAAGUCAGAUAUGUCUGACGUUGAAAAACAGAUCUUGGCGACUAAUCCUAUUAUGGAAGCGUUCGGUAAUGCUAAAACUACCAGAAACGAUAACUCUUCUAGAUUCGGUAAAUAUUUGGAAAUCUUAUUCGACAGCAAGAUUGCCAUCAUUGGUGCUAGAAUCAGAACUUAUCUUUUAGAAAGAUCAAGAUUGGUUUUCCAGCCAUCUACAGAAAGAAAUUAUCAUAUUUUCUACCAGUUAUUGGCUGGUAUGAAUGAAGAUGAUAAGGCAAACUUGGGCUUGACCACUGCAGAGGACUACAAGUACACCAACCAAGGUGGUAAACCUGUUAUCGAAGGUGUUGAUGAUGCUAAAGAAUUCAACAUCACCAAAGAUGCCCUUUCAUUAAUAGGUAUUAACGAAACCAGACAAUUUGAAAUUUAUAAGAUUUUAGCUGGUCUCUUGCAUAUCGGUAACAUUGAAAUUGCUGCUACCAGAAACGAUGCCAACUUGGCUUCUGACGAACCAAACUUGGUUAAAGCUUGUGAGUUAUUGGGAAUCGAUCCACUUAACUUCAGCAAGUGGUGUACCAAGAAGCAAAUUACUACCAGAUCUGAAAAAAUUAUCAGUAACUUGAAUCACAAACAAGCCUUGGUUGCUAGAGAUUCUUUUGCCAAAUAUAUUUAUUCUGCAUUAUUCGAUUGGUUGGUUGAUUAUGUGAAUGCCGAUUUAUGUCCUCCAGAGGUGGAAGCCCAUAUCAAGUCUUUUAUUGGAGUCUUAGAUAUCUAUGGUUUUGAACAUUUCGAAAAGAACUCUUUUGAGCAAUUCUGUAUCAACUAUGCUAACGAAAAGUUGCAGCAAGAAUUCAACCAGCAUGUUUUCAAGUUGGAACAAGAAGAAUACGUCAAGGAAGAAAUUGAAUGGUCUUUUAUUGAUUUCGCAGACAACCAGCCUUGUAUUAAUUUGAUUGAAAACAGACUUGGUAUCUUAGCUUUGUUAGAUGAAGAGUCCAGAUUGCCAGCAGGAAAUGAUCAAUCCUGGAUUGAAAAGAUGUACCAAACUUUGGAUAAGGAACCUACCAAUAAGGUGUUCAAGAAGCCAAGAUUUGGUCAAACUAAGUUCAUUGUUAGUCAUUAUGCUCUUGAUGUCAGCUAUGACAUCGAUGGUUUCAUUGAGAAGAACAGAGAUACAGUUGGAGAGGGUCAUCUCGACGUUAUGAAGAACACUACUAAUGAAUUGUUACAAUCAGUUUUGGCUAUCAUUGAGAAAAAUGCUGCUACUCUCGAAGCUGCUCAACCACAAUCUAAGGUUAGAUCUAUUGCUAGCAAGAAACCUACCUUGGGUUCAAUGUUUAAAAACUCUUUGAUCGAGUUGAUGAAGACUAUUGACUCCACUAAUGUUCAUUACAUCAGAUGUAUCAAGCCUAAUGAGAGGAAGAAGGCUUGGGAAUUCGAUUCAUUAAUGGUUUUAUCUCAAUUAAGAGCUUGUGGUGUUUUGGAAACUAUCAGAAUUUCUUGUGCUGGUUUCCCAACCAGGUGGUCAUAUGUUGAGUUUGCCGACAGAUAUCACACUUUGGUUCACUCUGAUUUGUGGAUUAAGGUGAUGAGUGGUGAUACCACUCAAGAAUCUGUGAGUGAAUUGUGUAACACAAUUUUGAAUCAAAACAUUGAAGACAAGGGCAAAUAUCAAUUAGGUAACACUAAGAUUUUCUUCAAAGCCGGUAUGUUGGCUCAUUUCGAAAAGUUGAGAUCAGACAAAUUGCAUAAGUCUGCUGUCAUGAUCCAAAAGAACAUGAGAAAGCAUUACUUCCGUAAAAAGUAUUUGGAAAUCAGAGAUUCUCAUAUCCAAGCUCAAUCAUUGAUUCGUGGUCAUAUUAAGAGAGCUCAAAUCAAACGUGAAAGAGAGAAUGCUGCUGCAACCUUGAUUCAAACUAGUAUCAGAGGACACUUGGUUAGAAAACAAGUGAAAGAAACCUUCGAUUCUAUUGUUGUUUUACAGAGAUCUAUUAGAGGUUUACAAGCUAGAAGAAACUUCACCAAGUUGAGAAGUGAAAAAUCUGCAUUAACUAUUCAGAACGCAUGGAGAGGAUACACUGCAAGAAGAAACUACAAGAAGCAAUUGAAGUCAGUUGUUCUUAUUCAAUCAUGCUUCAGAAGAAAGUUAGCUGUUGCUGAAUUUAAACAGUUGAAGGCCGAUGCUAAAUCUGUCAACAAAUUGAAGGAAGUUUCCUACAAAUUGGAAAACAAGGUCAUCGACUUAACUCAAUCAUUAACCACCAAGAUUCAAGAUAACAAGAAGUUGGUGACUGAAAUCACUAAUUUGAAGAACUUGUUGGAACAACAAAGUGCUGCCCAAGAAGCAUUGAAAACAAGAGAAAUUGAAUACAAUGAAAAGUUUGACUCCAAGAAUGUUGAACAUCAACAAGAAAUUGAAAGCUUGAACAGAGAAUUGGAAAACAUCAAGGCAGAAUACACAUCUGCUGAACAAAAGAUUGAACAGUUGACUAAGGAGCAAGCCGAAUUAAGACAAGAAGUCGAAAGAAACAUCGAUGAAUUGAACAAGGCCAAGGAUGCUUUAGUCAAGCGUGAUACAAUUGAAGUUGAUUUGAAAUCGCAUAUUGAGCAAUUAAAAUCAGAAAUUGCAAACUUACAAUCACAACAACUGGUUGUAGGAAAUGGGGUCAAAGCAAGAAAUAUAAGUGGGAAGCGUCACAGUAGUGCAUUGGCUUGGAAUUCUCCUAAUUCACUUGAUCAUAAUUCUAAUCGCCCAGUCUCUGUUAUCGCUGUUUCUCACGAUGAAGAUGCUAACAUUGAUGACAUCAAUGAUGAGUUAUUCAAAUUAUUGAGGGACUCUAGGCAGUUACAUAGAGAAAUUGUUGAAGGUUUAUUGAAGGGAUUGAAGAUUCCACCAUCUGGUGUCGCAGCAGAUUUGACCAGAAAGGAGGUCUUGUUCCCUGCCAGAAUCAUAAUCAUCAUUUUGUCUGAUAUGUGGAGAUUAGGAUUGACUAAGGAGAGUGAGGAAUUUUUGGGUGAAGUCUUAUCUUCUAUCCAGCAAAUUGUAUCAACCUUAAAGGAUGAUGAUGUCAUUCCAAAUGGUGCAUUCUGGUUAUCCAACACUCAUGAGUUGUACUCGUUCGUUUCAUACGCCCAGCAAACUAUCAUUGCCAAUGACACUUUGUCUCACGAAAUGAGCGAAGAGGAAUUUGACGAAUAUUUGAAGUUGGUAGCUGUUGUCAAAGAAGAUUUCGAAUCACUUUCAUACAACAUUUACAAUAUGUGGAUGAAGAAAAUGGAAAAGGACUUGGAAAAGAAGGCAGUGUCCGCUGUUGUCUUGUCCCAAUCUUUGCCAGGAUUCAUGGCACCAGAAAACUCUCCAUUCUUGGCCAAGGUGUUCUCUCCAGGUAUCCAAUAUAAGAUGGACGAUAUCUUGAGUUUCUUCAACUCGGUCUACUGGUCAAUGAAAUCAUACUUCAUUGAACAUGAGGUCAUGAAUGAAGUAAUAAUCGAAUUAUUGAGGUUCGUCGAUGCAUUAUGUUUCAACGAUUUGGUUAUGAGAAGAAACUUCUUAUCCUGGAAGAGAGGUUUGCAAUUGAACUACAACGUCACCAGAUUGGAAGAAUGGUGUAAGGGCCAUGAAAUACAGGAAGGUUCUGCAUACUUAAGUCAUUUGUUGCAAGCUGCUAAGUUGUUGCAAUUGCGUAAGAACACUCCUGAUGAUAUUGAGAUCAUUUACGAGAUCUGUUACGCAUUAAAGCCAAUUCAAAUCCAGAAAUUGAUUUCACAGUAUUACGUUGCUGACUAUGAAACACCAAUUGCUCCCAACGUUUUGCAAGCUGUUGCAGACAAGGUCAAGGCUAACGAUUCCACAAACGGCGAUGAUUUGUUCGAAUUAGUUUCCACUGAUGGUCACUUCAAUGAUCCAUUCAGAACUAUCAACUUGAGACCAUUCUCCAGAGUUGAAGCCUACGUUCCCGCAUGGUUGAACUUGCCAGUGAUCAGAAGAAUUGUGGAGUUGGUGGCCAAGAAUGCCUCUGUUCAAGAACCAAGCAAUGAAGAGGAGGUUGAGACUGGAGAAGUCAACGGCAUCGCUAAUGGUAAUUAGUUUAUUGUUUAUAUAUGUAAAUGUUUUAAGUAUUAUUUCAGCAAACUUCGUGUACUCGAUUUGGCAUGCAAGAAUCCAGAUUGCCUAGACAAAAGAUAUCAGUUAUGAGUGAUACACUCGAGUCUCGUGGCAUGUCGAAGUAGCUUGGUGGAUUUCGAAUUUUUAUUGAGAGAGUAUAGUAAGGAUGAUAUUCUGAGGAGC